AUGAGGGCCCGAUCCAUGGACCGCGCGGCCGUGGCGAGGGUGGGCGCGGUAGUGAGCGCCAGCGUGUGCGCCCUGGUGGCUGGGGUGGUGCUGGCUCAGUACAUAUUCACCUUGAAGAGGAAGACGGGGCGGAAGACCAAGAUCAUCGAGGUGAUGCCAGAAUUCCAGAAAAGUUCAGUUCGAAUCAAGAACCUUACAAGAGUAGAAGAAAUGAUCUGUGGUCUUAUCAAAGGAGGAGCUGCCAAACUUCAGAUAAUAACGGACUUUGAUAUGACACUCAGUAGAUUUUCAUACAAAGGGAAAAGAUGCCCAACAUGUCAUAAUAGCAUUGACAACUGUCAGCUGGUUACAGAUGAAUGCAGAAAAAAGUUAUUGCAACUAAAGAAAAAAUAUUACGCUAUUGAAGUUGAUCCUGUUCUUACUGUAGAAGAGAAGUACCCUUAUAUGGUGGAAUGGUAUACUAAAUCACAUGGUUUGCUUGUUCAACAAGCUUUACCAAAAGCUAAACUUAAAGAAAUUGUGGCAGAAUCUGACGUUAUGCUCAAAGAAAGAUAUGAAAAUUUCUUUGAUAAGCUCCAACAACAUAGUAUCCCCGUGUUCAUAUUUUCGGCUGGAAUCAGCGAUGUACUAGAGGAGGUUAUUCGUCAAGCUGGUGUUUAUCAUCCAAAUGUCAAAGUUGUGUCCAAUUUUAUGGAUUUUGAUGAAACUGGGGUGCUCAAAGGAUUUAAAGGAGUUCUAAUUCAUAUAUUUAACAAACAUGAUGGUGCCUUGAGGAAUACAGAAUAUUUCAAUCAACUAAAAGACAAUAGUAACAUAAUUCUUCUGGGAGACUCCCAAGGAGACUUAAGAAUGGCAGAUGGAGUGGCCAAUGUUGAGCACAUUCUGAAAAUUGGAUAUCUAAAUGACAGAGUGGAUGAGCUUUUAGAAAAGUACAUGGACUCUUAUGAUAUUGUUUUAGUACAAGAUGAAUCAUUAGAAGUAGCCAACUCUAUUUUACAGAAGAUUCUAUAAACAAGCAUUCUCCAAGAAGACCUCUCUCCUGUGGGUGCAAUUGAACUGUUCAUCUGUUCAUCUUGCUGAGAGACUUAUUUAUAAUAUAUCCUUACUCUUGAAGUGUUCCCUUUGUAUAACUGAAGUAUUUUCAGACAUGGUUAAUGCAUCGACUGGAAGCUCCUUUUUCUCCACUUCUCU